AUGCGAGACGCGCGAGCACGCGGCAGGGGGGCAAAACAACAACGGAAGGAACUUACUGAAGAACAAAAAGCUGACAUCAAAGAAGCAUUUGAUCUUUUUGACCCAGAUGGUACUGGUAAAAUUGCAACAAGAGAGUUGAAGGUAGCCAUUCGAGCCCUUGGCUUUGAACCUUCAAGAGAAGAAAUUAGAAAAUUGAUUGUAAGCGUUGAUCCUGAUGGUCUUGGAAAGAUAUCGUUUGAAGAAUUUCUUGACCUCAUGUCGACCAAAAUGGCAGAAAAGGAUUCUAAAGAGGAAGUGUUAAAAGCUUUCCGCUUGUUUGAUGAUGAUGGAACUGGGAAAAUUACCUUCAAAAAGUUAAAGCGUGUUGCUAAGGAGCUAGGAGAAAAUUUGACUGAUGAAGAGUUGCAGGAGAUGAUUGAUGAAGCUGAUCGAGAUGGUGAUGGGGAAAUUUCACAAGAAGAGUUUCUCAGAAUUAUGAAGAAAACUUGUUUGUAUUGAGGAAUAUUUAUUUAUUUAUUAAAUUGAUAUUUUUAUUUAUUCAAGUCGUAUAGUUAUAAAAGGUUAUGUCAUCAAAAUUUCUCAAUGAAUACAUAUGAUUUUUGUGAAGAUGUAAUAUUAAUUUAUAAUA